GGACCUGUCCCGGCAGACCGCGAGUCUCCGAUGACGCGGAGCGAGACGUCCCCAGCCGCGCCCAGCACCCCUCCCCCCACACAGAAACCCAACACCUGCUGCUUCUGCUGGUGCUGCUGCUGUAGCUGCUCAUGGAGUGAAGAUGACAAGCGCGGGCGGAGGAAAGCCCAGGAGACAAAGCUGGAGCCCUUUCCAUGGGAAACAUGUCCCAAACCGACGAUGGAGGAGAUUAAACAGUGGGCGCAGUCUUUCGAUAAGCUGAUGAAAAACCCAGCGGGACGGAACAAGUUUCGUGAGUUCCUGCGGACGGAGUACAGCGAGGAGAACAUGCUUUUCUGGCUGGCCUGUGAGGACCUGAAGAAUGAGAUCAACAGUGCCAUCGAGGAGAAGGCGCGUAUGAUCUAUGAAGACUACAUCUCCAUCCUCUCGCCCAAGAGGCGGCUGAGGAAAAAAGACUUUGUAGAAAUAAAUGAAGGAGCAAAGGUGAGUCUGGACUCUCGCGUGAGGGAAGUGAUCAACAGGAGGAUGCAGGAUCCCACCCCUCACAUAUUUGAGGACGCACAGCUGCAGAUCUACACCCUCAUGCACAGAGACUCCUACCCACGAUUCCUCAAUUCCUCCGUCUACAGAUCACUGGUGCAGGGGGGCUCGCGCUCCUCAUCUGAGUCAUAGACCCCCGACCUCUUUCUCUCGCUCUCUUUCUACACAUUUCUCUCCAUUGCACAACCACUCACGGAGAAAGUGCUCCUUUUUUGUGUCGUCAUGGAUUAUAAGCAUUCUUUUCUUUGCUUGUUGAGGGAAUCCCUCAAUUCUUCUGAGCCUACACAGACUGAAACUGGAAGACACAGGGUUCUAAUGCAGUUUUCAUUUCAUUACCCCCAAACCCUCCCCCCCCCCACAUCAUUCCUAGCAUAUGUGCCAGCAGCAUCAACUACUGAUUUUCACAGCCAUCUUUUUUUUUUUCUCACGCAAACAUGCUUCUUUUUUCUUCUGGUAUCUCUAGUUGAAGAGAGCUGAGAGGGCCUCUGCAAUACCAUACACUGGGGUGGCCUGACCAAUCAACUCCUCUCUCCUCGCACCUCUGUGGUCUGAUUGGCUCAGUGAGACGAUUGGCUGUAUCAUAAAAGAAAGAGAUAGCACUUUUUCUGACUAGUUACACACAUGCAUCUACAUUUAUUCCUUUAGCACACAGGUGUCAAACUCGGUUCCUGGAGAGCCGCAGCUCUGCACCCUUUAGUUCCAAUCCGAAUUAAACACACCUGAUCAAACGAAUUAGUCCUUCAGGCUUGUUUAUACUUCUGUGUCGAGUGAACGGCUUGACCCAUGGCACCUGCCUUGCACGUAGUCGUGCAUUGAUACGCUGUUUGUGUUGCUCUGCAAUAACACUUCUAAAACGCUAGCUGUUUUUAUGUUCCUCUGUGUCAAGUUUCUUCGCGGGUGUUAUGCUACAAGUAGACUAAAUUCGUUCAUUCAGAGGUGGGAACUGGCGGACGUGCAGCAACUUUAAUUAUAAGGUAAACCCAAAACAAAAGUCUCCUUCACGUGACUCGACACUUGUAAACAAAUCACUCCAUCGGGCUUGCGGCUCAAAGUGUAGCAGAGGCCAGCUAGUGAAGUGCCGUGCAGGUAAACCUCACUCCUCUGACCUCUAAAAGGUGCUCUAGCGACGGCCGCUAGAGGCCAUGGUCUUUAGCCUCCUUGUUAGAGCAACCAACUCCCAUGCGGACAGUCGCCUGUUCGAUCCCAGAUCAGAACAGGUUGGGUGGUUUAGGACCGGCAGAGUUACAUUAGCACCACCCACACACAUCACCACUACCAAGCCGACCAAUCACAGAGCUUUCGCUAUGCGUAAUUGCAACGUGUAGUUACAUUUUUUGAGAGGUGCUGUCAGCACCGGCGUCUGCCACGGCGAGGGCUAUGCGACUGUGUGCUUGAUGCAGAAGUAUAAAUCAGCCUUAAGUGUGUUGAAGCAGGAUCGGAACUAAACUGUGCAGGGCUGCAGCCCUCCAAGAACUGAAUUUGACACCCCUGCUUUAGCAGAUGCUUUGACCCAAAGCAACUGAAUGUGAAUGAAUGAAUGCAAAUCAGUUUCCACGAUAUUUUCUAAUUCGCUGCACUGAUUUUGAGGGAAAAUCUGCUGAGUUGAUUUGAAUUUGAUCAAACUCUGAGAACUAAUCUCACAUGGGUUGCCUUUAAAAAAAAACAAAACAAUGCUUUAUCUUUGGGUGGGUUUCCGGUUUCUGUAUGUGGGCCUGCGGAGUUUAAUUACCAGGGAUCAAUAACAUAGGAGAGAGAGAAAGAGAGAGAGGACAACCACCAGUUUUAGAGAUUUUAAAUAAACAUUAAAGAGAGAGAGAUGGGAGAAUGCCAUGGUCUUACUUAGACUGGUCACUCACAUUUUAAAGCGAGUAUUUUUAAUGUUAUUUAUUUUUGAAACUGUGAUCUAAUCUUUUUUCCUUGUACAUACAUUAAAGAGAAUCUGGAACAUAUGCGACAUACACCGAGCAAGCUGUUAGUCCCGAGUGCUCAAUUGCGCUGUAUUUCUCUCUGGCCUCACUGUGUUCGAGCGUGUGAAUGUUUAUGAGGUGUAUGGUCUGAAAAAUCGCAAGUUUGUCUGGCGCCUCCUGUAGGCAGUUUCAAGUACUGCAGUUCUGCAAGCUGUUUUUUUCCCCCCUUUCAGUUCUGCAAGCUACUUCACAGUGUUGUCCGUCAUUAAGUCAAAAGCAGGGGAUUUUAGUUUAUAUUAAAAUCAAAAGGUAUGGGUCAGUAGUUUGUAAACAAAAAACCUUAAGUCGUCUGUUAAACAACUUUCUAAAGUUGCCUAAAUGAUGAUGCCCAACAUAAAUGUAUGUUACCAUUUAACUUUUUAACUUUCAGUGUUUGAGUCCAUUUUUUUUCACGAUUUAAAGAGAAUAGCUUUUAUUUCGAGCUUUAUUUGACCGUAUAAAUAAAAUGUUGCACAGGUUUUAUAGUGUUGUACAGGAAACUUAAAAAAAGAAGCCAUGAGCUGCUGUAAAAUCAUUUAAAACUCCUCUUGUUCACACGUGAUGGUCCAGUACACCUCGUUUAUUCACAUUUAAUGCAUUUUUAUGCACUUGUGUUAUUGUUUGUUUGUUUUAACAGAUGCCUUCAACAGCCUUUAAGAAAGUAUGAUCAUGGGAGAGCAACCGGAUGGACUGACGUGAACACUGUGAGCUGCGUUACCGUUCCAAACUUGUGCGUCACUAAAUAUUUCAAAAUGUGAAUCUGAAACCAACCGGUAGUGUGUGAGCGGGUCCACAAUAAUACAGGAAUUUUGUUACAGUUGGUGUUUUUAUAUCAGCACUGAUACGAAAUCCCCACAGGCAGUGUUUCUCAACCUCGUUCCAAGAGGACCACCAGCUCUGCACAUUUUCCAUGUAUCCCUAAACAAACACAGCUGAUUCAGAUCAUCAGCUCAUCAAGAGAGACAGGUUAUGGGUGUGACAGACAAAGGAGACAUCCGAAACAUGCGGUUUUGGCGGUCCUCCAGGAGUGUGGUUGAGAAACACGACCCUAAAGACUUAGUUUGAGCAGAAAAAUCUUCUCAUUUCACAUUGAAAUGAAGUAAAUCCUCCACAUCCGCCGGGUACUUCUUGGUACUUAUAGGAUUUGGUUGAUUGUAAAUAAAUAUAUACUUACAGCAAAUAAAUGUAUGAUGAACUAAUGACUCUAAUAGUCAUAUUUUAGUCACAUGUCGAUUUAGAGGAACUUCAUGUACUGUAGUACCAAAAAAAAAAAGACUGAUGCCUUUAUUUUACUUUUUACCAUCAGUUGUGCAUGAAGAUGUAAAUUCUGGAAUAUGUGUGUAAAAUAUGUGUGUGUAUAUGGUUAUGUACAUAUAUUUAGUAUUCCUCUUACUGUCCAACAUGAUGUGACCAGUCUAACUUAAGCCAGAUGGAGUGUAUGUAUGUGUGUGUGUGUGUGUGUGUGUGUGUGAUAAUAGCGAACUUUCAUAAGACGAUGGGAGAGAGAUGUCAACGUCAUUGCGGCUUUUGACAGCGAACAUUCAAUUACACAGGGAUACGCACAGUUACACAGAGUCCCGCUCUUUAAAGCAUGAGGAAAACUUGCUGGUGGACCUCUCAACAUUUCACAUGCACUUUGCGUUCACACUGAAAGCGGUUUAGAGAUCAUCGUACUGGAUUCUCACUUCAGUAUUUGCUGUUCAGUCGUUCACUGUUUACAUUUAGAGACAUUUAGAUGCAUUUUCAGCAAUCUGAUCACAAGUGGAGAACAUGAUAUAGAUGUGAACUAGUCUAAACAGGAUUGAACUUGUCCACUUUUGACCACUUUCAGUAUUCAGUGGGAUUGUGUUAAUUGGGGUCGAAUGUAUUAAAACAACUACAGAAGGGUCUCUGAAAAGACAUAUUAGUACCAGGUGGAAACAUGGCCUUGGAUGGAAAGUUACUUCAGUUUGUUUUGCAAAUCGCUGUCAGUGUGAACACUCUGCAACCAAUGAAAUGCAACAGGUUUAAACACUCCUGUUAUAUUUAUUGAUACUGUAUACAUGUCACAUAAUAAUGUAUGGCUGAAGCAAUAUUUAAAUUCUGAUAAAUAGUCUUAUUUUUUAUUAUUUAUGAUAUUAAAACGUGAUAAACAUUUAUAAAGUCAGUAUUUCAAUGCUACAAUUGAAUUUGGGUACCGGUUUACCCCACAAGUCCAAAGACAUGCGCUAUAGGUGAAUUGGGCAAGCUAAAAUUGUCCGUAGUUUAUGGGUGUUUCCCAGUGAUGGGUUGCAGCUGGAAGGGCAUCCGCUGCGUAAAACAUAUGGUGAAAAAGUUGGCGUUUCAUUCCGCUGAUUAAUAAAGGGACAAGCCGUAAAGAAAAUGAAUGAAUGAAUUUAGGCAUCACAAAUGUAAAUAUUCAUUUAGAGAACCGUUUUCAUUUAGUGAUAAAGAUUGCAUUAUACAAUAGCGAAACAAGAAUACGUAACUAUUUUUACAUUUAUCAGCUUAGUGAUUAAUUCGUAUGAAUUAAUACAAGUUCAAUCAUACCAAAAUGGCCGAUUUUUAAAAGGAGGUGUGGCGCUAAACCCCACCCGUAAAUCCAGUCAUCAUUGGGAGAUGAGCAAUUCAUAAUAAAAUGUAUGAAUGAGAUCUUACAAAUUCAUACGAAUUAGCCGCUAAAUCAAAAAGUUACGAAUUGGCAUGAGAUAGUGUUGAAGUAGCCGGGUUUACAUCCUGAAUCUUUUCAAACUUUGCAGAAAUGAAGUCAUUAAAAAAAUCCCAAUUGUGAAUUAGGUGCAUUUCAUUUAAACACAUUCGUAUGUUAUUUAAUAUGAAACUAUUCAGAUAGCGAUCUGUGACGCGGCAGUAAUAUGAACAGUGGGCACAGCUGGGCACCGUGGGCAGCUGCCAACUUGUGGCAGAUAGAAAUCUGUGAUUAGAAUUCUAAAAUACAUGGCGCAGCAUAGCACGUCGCUGAGCGGUGCUUCUGGGUGUGUGACCCCAUUUAGAGUGGCUGACUGUAGUAUUGGUAACCUAGUAACCAACAAUAAACAAGGCAAGCUUGAUGGAGACAGCUGAUUGGUCACCUGGGUCUAAUGUUUGCGACAGUUUAUUUAGUGAAUUUAUUUGGAAAAAAAAUCCUUUUUUUGCAGCGUUAAAAUUGUUAAAAAUCCAUUAAUUAGCAAAAAAAAAUUUUUUUUUUAUUCAAAAUGUUGGAUUUUCUUUACUCGUUUCUCAUGUGAAUUUUCAAAAGGCUCAUUAACACAGGAUGACGGAAACCCAGCUAGUGAUAAUACAUUAUUUGUAUUUGCAAACAUUAAACCACAAUUAUACUAUCACUUUACUUACUACUCAAUAUAGGAAUAUAAAAUCACCUUUUUCCUGCCAAAUUUAAUCAACGCAGAGCAAAAAAAAAAAUUGUCUUGCCUAAAUAUUGUGCAAUUGUAAAAAAAAAAAUAAAAAAAAUAAAAUUAUAAAAAAGGUGAAGCAGCAAUACAAUUAAAGUCCCCAAGAAAUCAAAACUAACCAUAUGAUUGUUAGCUCACAUUGCUAGUUUUGUAGUGAACAAUGUAUCUGUGCAUGUCAUUAAGAAGAAAAAAAAGUUUGUCCUUGUAAUCUUUAAUUGAGAUCUGAAAAUACAUUUCCCUUUUUUUUUUACCUGUUAAAAAUAUCAGAUUAAAUGCAUCUUAGGAAUUGGAACAACCUUACAACAUCUUAGGAACAAACAUACAGACACCUCCUCACCAUUUCUGUUUGUUGUCUAACAGCCCAGAAUAAGUAUGUUAACCACGCCCCUUCUGGGCUGUUAGACAACAAACAGAAAUGGUGAGGAGGUGUCUGUAUGUUUGUAAAAACUCUCCCCAAACCAUUUCCCCAUAUUUCUGAAUGAAAGGCCUACUACAUAUAAUCAGCUCGCAGUAGAAAAAAAACAAGCCACGCCCACUGUUUUGUCAUUUAAUAUUCCGUUUCUUUAGGAACUGCGUCAGAAAACAAAACAAAAAAAUAACGAUUGCAGCUUCCAGGGACUUAAACAAAUACUAUGAUACGUGACAGCACCCAUUAUCAAACUGUAAAGUAAGAAUACAAAAUGAAGUGACACGUACCCAGUAUCGGAAAUCAUAACAAGUGUUUUAAUAUGUUGCGUCGCUAACUAGCAAGUGUCCUCAUCCUCUUUCAACAGUUGCACAGACCAGACAGACCUACAGAGUAUUCGGUUGAAGACGGGGACUGUGACCUAAAGCUGCUUAUGUUUACAUAGAUUUCUUUAAGGUGCCAAAAUUAAUCUAGCCUUCUAACAGUCUCAAGCUAUGAAAAUAUGAGCAGAGGAGCGAGUCUGUCAACAUCCGACGUGUUUCCAUCAUCUGCGUCACACACUUUGUUACAGUAUAUUUUGGUUUCACCUUCAUUCGCCCUUUCCUUCACCCUUUCUUAUGUUUUCUCGGGCCGCUCUGUGAGAUUUCCUCAUUGUCGAUUUUGCAGUGCCAUGACAUACAGCAGUGAGAUUGGCCCCUGACUCAUGGACUUCUAUGGACACUUAUUUAUUGACAUUAGCAUUAUAUUUUGUAUUAAAAUAAAUCAAGUUAUGUUUUAAAGAUUACGCUUA